CUGAAACAAGCUUAGGAUCGGAGCUAGAGAGAGAGGGAGAGAGAGAGAGACUCUGUUGAACUGUCAGUUUACGAGCUUGAUCGUUUUAACGAAAACGGCGUAACGAUACGAUCAAAUACUCAGAAUAAAAGACAAUACCUUGCAACGCUCCUAGCUGCAUCUGAUCAAUACUACUGUAACUUGGGUAGCGCUUUGGAAGUUUGCAGUGCACUUCAGAUUCUGAUCUGUAGGUGACUCGCAAGUCUAACCCUAACUCAAGACAGAAAGAACUAUCAAGAUGUCUCUUGCCGUGAAAGAGAAGACAACAGUCCGCCUGGUUUUCUUUGGGGCCGCUGGUGUCGGGAAGACUGCUCUGAUCCAGCGGUUCCUUCAGGACAAAUUCGACCCCAAAUACAAGCGGACAGUGGAAGAGCUCCACAGCAUCGAGAACGUCAUCGACGGCGUGAAAAUCAAAAUCGAGAUCAUGGACACCAGCGGCAGCUACUCGUUCCCGGCGAUGAAGAAACUCUGCAUCCGCAACAGCGACGCCUUCGCCCUGGUCUACUCCAUCGAUGACCCGGAGUCUUUCGAGGAGGUCCGGAGGCUCAGGGACGAGGUCCUGGAGAUCAAGGAGGACAAGUGCACCCCGAUUGUGGUGGUGGGUAACAAAGCGGACCAGGAGAACCAGAGGCAGGUCCUCGCAGAAGACGUCAUGUCCACUGUGGAGCUAGACUGGAACGCCAGCUAUUUGGAGGCUUCCGCCAAAGACAACUCAAAUGUGAUCGGCGUGUUCAAAGAGCUGCUUCAACAAGUGAACUUGCCCAGCAGACUAAGCCCGGCUCUCCAUAGAAGGAGGGAGACAUACCCAAAAGUCUUGGACCUCGGAGUCAGAAGACCACGCAUGAAUAAAACAAACAGUUGCGCCAUCUCGUAAUGGUUUGAUUGUGAAUCUGAUGAAAGGAGUCUCUGCACUGAACUUGGGGGGGGUUUGCUUAUGUUCAAUUAUGUGUGGCUGUGGCAAAUUCUAAGCAUAGAUCCCAAAAAGAUAGGGGGGGCGACCUGAAUGAAAGACUACGUGUAAGACCGUUAAGCAGAUACGAUGUGUGAUGUGUAACUUUAAUGACGGUGAUUACAAAAAUUUGGGUUUAUGUUUCUUCAUUUUGUAAAUCAGUUAGUGAAAUGAUAUAAUAUGCAUUUCCUUAUAUAAUACUAAACACGAGCAGUUGGACAUUCUUUAUCAAGGCAGGACCCGACAGAGAACUGUUCCGUUUGUUCAUCAGUGAUGUGUUUUAAUAAGUUGUAUAAUAAAUAUGUUGAACUCCAAAUUGGAGUAUUUCAGUAACUCAUGUUUUGCUUGAGCCUGUAUACGUGUUCAAAAACGUUUGCACACAACUUUUUUUUAAUAAUUUUAUUUAUGUUUUAUUGCGAUUGAUGUAUGCUUGAGUUCUUUGUCAUCAUGCGUUUGGUAUUGCUAUUGAAACAUGUGGACACUGUCGCUGUUGACAACCACGCCCUUAUAUUACGAAUAACGUGUUACCAAUGUGCAAUAAACAUACUGAUAAUCAUA